AAGCGAUGAGCAUCCAAGUGCAAAACUCUGCCAGCCACAGUCCUGUCGGAAAGGCCCAGCCCGUUCCAGACUCCCAGGUUGGGAACUACCGACUCGACAAGACGAUCGGCCAGGGAACCUAUGGAAAGGUCAAGCUGGGCAUCAAUGUCUUCACCGACGAGAAGGUUGCCAUCAAGAUCAUCAUCAAAUCGCAGAUCCAAUCUCCCAAGCAGAUCGCCCGCCUCCAGCGUGAGAUUCGGUUCUUGAAGCUGCUGCACCACCCCCACAUCGUCAGGGUCUACGAGGUCAUCGAGACUGCCGACUUUAUCUACAUCAUUAUGGAGCAUGCUGCCGGUGGAGAGCUCUUUGACUACAUUGUUGCUCACAAGCGGGUCAAGGAGAAGGAGGCUCGGUCGUUCUUCCGCAUGGUCCUGUCGGCCGUCGACUACUGCCACAAAAACGCAGUCAUCCACCGAGAUCUCAAGCCGGAAAACCUGCUGCUCGAUAGCAAAAAGAGCAUCAAGAUCAUCGACUUUGGCUUCGGGAACAACUUUACAGUCGACGGGCUGUUGGACACGUUCUGCGGCUCUCCGUUCUAUGCAGCCCCAGAGAUGAUCCUGGGCAAGAAAUACGAGGGACCCGAAGUCGACAUGUGGAGCUUGGGCGUGAUUUUGUUUGCGCUACUCUGCGGACACCUGCCCUUUGACGACGACAAUAUGAAGGAGCUGUACAAGAAGAUUGCCAGUGGGUCGUAUACCUGCCCGGACUACCUGAUGCCACAUGCACGGCACCUCAUCAGCCGACUUAUCACCGUCGACCCCAAGAAACGGGCCACGCUGGCCGAGGUGCAGCAGCACGCCUGGGUCAACGAGGGAUACGACGGCCCGCCUCCAAACUAUCUGCCCGAGCGACCGGUCAUCACCGACGUGUCCAAGCUCUCGAAAGAGAUUGUCGGGCGCAUGCUGGCGUUUGGAUACAAAAUCGAAGAUCUCCAGAGCGCCUUCCGCCCAGACGAUGACCAGUCGAUCCCAAAUCCCGUCCGGGCCACGUACUUUCUCCUCUCGGAGAUGCUCCAGCGAGAGGAACUGCGAUUGAGAAACGAGAGGAAAAAGGCGCUCCUCGAGAGCGUCAGUGCAAGUCAGUUGAGCUUUGGGGUGUCGAGCGCCGGCCCGUCGACUCGCGGCAACAGUCUCGACACCCUCGAGCACAUCGCCAAGCUUCCACCACCACCAGCGCUGCCGUUCAAGAUCGAGCACACCCAGUCCUUCUUUGGUCCCAGCGGCAGGGGCCGCAAUCCAGCUCCACACCACGAUCUUGAGGUGUCGUCACUGGAGCACGAAAUGGUGACGCAAAUGCAGUUGUCGAGCCAGCAGCGCAAAGACUACAUGCCCAUCGAUGGUCUGGAGGGCUCAAAGUCCUCGAUGGGCUCCAAGGGAACCUCCAGCUCCAUGGUUGGCUCCACCGUGAACACCUCCAAGCUCGGAUACACCAAUUUUGUGUCGAUGCCCAGCCAUCUCAAUGCUACCUCGCCGAUUGCCGAGAUGCCACCCGCUCAUGUCCAUCAGAGUCUGCAUUCAUUCCAGCCGCGCCAAGAGCGUGGCCCCUUUGAAUACGUCGAAGACUCGCACUGGAGGGCGGACAACUAUGAGGAGCAGUAUCAGCGGCACCAGCAGUACCAAGCCCAAGCGUUUCAACAGCAACAACAACAGCAGCAGCAGCAACAACAGCAACAGCAACAGCAACAGCAACAACAACAGCAGCAGCAGCACUCGUUUCAUCUGCCCCAGUUCCAGCUGCCGUUUUCGAUGGCCCCGACACAGCCCUUCGCGGCUCCUGUGCACCUCUCGGACCGGCACUCGCAGUUCUCCAGCAGCGGAACGACAAACUCCCAGCCAUCGAUUGCUCCAAUGUCGAUUCCGCAGCCCGAGGCUGCAAAGUCUGUUCUGACCUCGCAGGCAAGGCAGGUCAGCUGGAACCCGUUCGAGUAUACGCCGCAAAGCUACGUACCCUCAAGCGACAUCAAGUCCAGCUCGCAGCGACGUUCGACCAUCCCAUCGGUGUUUCCAUUCUCGUUCACGUCGCAGCGGGCUUCCGGAAGCGGUGUCAACAGCAGCCAUAACAAUCUAUCGAUUCCACAACCGCAGUCUCAGUUGCAAAUGCAGCCCCACCCUCAACCUCAGCAAGUCUUUUCGUCUCUUGGAAGCGUGGCGGUGCCGGCCCGGAGAGACAGCGGCAACAAAGGCGGCCGCGAGGAGCUUCGAUCGGUUUCUGGCUGGUUCUUGAACGUCUCGACCACAUCCUCGAAACACCCGCGCGAAAUCAUCGAGGAGGUGCUCCGGGUUCUGCACGAGAACCGGGUAUACUACCAGUUCGAGAGCACCUACAUCCUCAACUGCGAGAUGGACGCAUCGCCUUUGGUUGCCUCGGACAAACCGAACGAGCAGUCGUUCAUCUCGGGCCUUUUCCAGAGCCAGGCAGCCAGCAACAGAACAGCUGCCGUCCCGGGUCCCGAAGGCGGCGAUGGCUUUGGCAUCCCCAUCGACGAAGUUGCCGCGGCUGUGGCAAACAGCGAACAAACCCUGGCCUCGCAGAACGACCUCAGCGCUGCCCCAAGGCCAUCCUUCACCGUUCACCGCCCACCAGGCCUCUCUGGCCGCAACUGGGUGGCCUUCCAGAUCGAGAUCUGCACCGUGCCGAGGAUGGCGCUCUAUGGCCUCCAUUUCAAGCGAAUCAGCGGCGGCAUUUGGAACUACAAAAAGAUCUGCAACAAGCUGCUUUCACAAAUGAAUCUGUGA